AUGCCGCAAAAAGCUGAAUCUAUGAACCCAUUUAGAGCGUUAGGUAAAAAGUUGAAAGAACACGCUGAAGGUAAGAAUCAUGCAAGUGGGGGUUCAUCAAGAGCGGAUUCACCAGACAAAAAUGGUCGUAAUAGAUCAGCAUCAUUUGCCUCUAAGAAAGGGACACCAGUGCCUAAUGCACCUCAUAAUCUGAAACCUGCGAACUCCUCAGCAUCUUUACAAAACAUAAUGGCUCAUAAUCAUAAUCCCUUUGCUGCACAUCAAGAUCCACAACGUUCAGGGGUGCCUGCACGUAGGAAUACCCACUCAAGUGACAAGAAACAUCCUGCUCGUCAAGCUUCGCAUCCAGUCCUGAGUCAUGAGAAGAUGGUUUAUAACCCCUACGGGCUAAACAAUCCAAGAAAUGGUGGAUCUAUGAAUGGCGGACAUGGGAACAACGAUUUGAGUUUUUACAUGCAUGAUGGUGAUGCCCAUGUCAGAGUUCUACCACUACCGAUUUCAGACCCAAAUGGCUUUUUACCUGAGGAUAUGAAGCAAAUUAGCGUUGCCUUAACGGAUAAUUUUACUUUCGAUAGUGAUAAUCAAGCGUUAGGAUCAGGUGGGUCUAGUGAGGUGCGUAAGAUUCGUAGCUCUCAUCAUCCCAGGAAUCUAUAUGCACUCAAGAAAUUAAACAUGAUUUAUGAUGAAACCCCUGAGAAAUUUUACAAACGCUGUUCCAAAGAAUUCGUGAUCGGUAAGCAUCUUUCACAUAGUGUUCACGUUGCCAACACAUACUGUUUGGUUAAAGUUCCUACGACGACAUACACAACUCGCGGUUGGGGAUUUGUCAUUGAGAUUUGUGCCAAAGAUUUAUUUCAAUUAAUGGAAAGAAGCGGAUGGCGUACUGUGCCAUUAUCAGAAAAAUAUUGUAUCUUCAAACAAAUUGCCAAUGGUGUCAAGUUUUGUCACGAGCAAGGUAUUGCUCACAGAGAUUUGAAACCUGAAAACGUCCUACUGACUCACGAUGGUGUUUGUAAAUUGACAGAUUUUGGUAUUUCUGAUUGGUAUCAUACUGAUCCCCAGGAUCCCAACAGCCCCGUCAAGACCUGCGAAGGUAUGAUCGGUUCCUCACCAUAUGCACCUCCAGAGGUAAUGGUCUAUGAUUCGAAGAAAAAUUUCCCCCAAUCUGCUCAAAAACCUUUUGACCCACUGCUUAUGGAUUCAUACGCUCUGGGUAUCAUUUUAAUGUCACUAGUGAACAAUGUCCUGCCAUUUUUCGAAUCCUGUAAUGUGGAUUCGAGAUACAGAGACUAUGCGACCGCAUACGAACAGUACGUCCAUUACCAAAAUUCCCAUUUUAGAGACAAGGGCUGUCAUAGACCAGGUCCAGGUGCCGAAUACCUUUUAGCACGCAAUUUUAACAGUUCAGAUGCUGCUAGAGUAGCCUGGAGGUUGGCUGACCCUAAGGCAUCAACUCGUUACACAAUGGAAGACCUAUUCAACGACCCAUGGUUCCAAUCCAUCGAAACCUGCGUGGAUCCAGAGGAAGAACCUACAUUGAACGCACCUGAGCUAAGAGCACCCGCUUCUCAGAUAAGUACGAAUGGUACUGCCGGUUCUAUAAACACAAGUGGCCCCUCGGCUGAAGAACCUACAAAGCCAAGAUCUAUGGUAGACAUCGCGGAAUCACCAACCGCUCCCUCAGCCCAUAAUAACAUUGCUCAAAUUACAAGAAAGAUGAGCGAUAUUUCCGUGUCAAGCAGUAACCACAGCAUUCAACAGAGCACCUCAAUGGCCCAUCAGAAUUCAUCAGUCUCACUACGCAGCCAAGCUACCUCUCGACCCAAGAAGCGUCGUCUACAACACAACCACCUGGAAGUGCCUGCAAGCAUAGCACCUUCGUCGUCUGCAAGAGCCAUGUCAUCACGCUAA